AUGUACACGCUGAGGAGCACGGUGGCUUAUCAAAGAGUGCACAGCGACCACGGUGUGUUCACGUACAAACCAGCGCAUACCGAUUUGAGCAAUUUCAGUCGAGGCAGUUAUUCCGCAUUCUCAUUCAGCAACCACUAUUUUCUCGCUAAAAAAAUGCUGACCGACGGUCGCGUAGCAUAUUACGCUGGAGUGGAAGGUAAACCGGAGCAAGUGUGCAUCGCUGAAACAUUGCCUGACGAAGCGCUUCAUCUGACUCUAUUUGUUGGCACGGGAAGUCAAUCGGCUCAUGAAAAAAUCCGUGCACAAUUUUCACCGAAACCGGAACCGACUGUGCCAGAUUUGCCAAUGACUACUAUGGCAAUAACCCGUGGAACUGCCACUUCUACCAGCUGUAGCAUCCUUAUCGCACUUUUGCUGUUUUUCAUGUCAUCUUGA